AUGUCGCGAAAGAAGCUACGGUUGGUGAUAAGAAAUAGCGCCAAUCUGACGGAUCAGAUGAGAAAAGAGCGGCAAGCGGAGACGUUUGAAGAGAUGAGCACGGCUCAGUCGAAAGAGUCAACGACGUCGACAGAAUCGAUUCGUCAAAAACGAAAAACCGCGACGACAAAACGAACGAUUCGAAUUCAAAAAGAGCGAAUUGUGAAGUAUGAAGCUGAUCUGGUUUCCGGUUAUGAGAGAUCAGAAAAUACGCAAUCGAUGGAUAGUAUUUCCGAACCGGAGAAUAUUGAAGAGUUUGAGAAAAAGUGUGGGGAAUCCAAGCACAUUGGCCCUCAACUAAUCCCUAUCAAAUUUGUCGCUACUGAUGUUGAGACGCCGGUUCAAGCAAUUUUUGUCUCCGAUUUUGAUUUGUGUGAAGCAAUGCACCAUCCGAAACCCAAUUCCACGCAAUCCAAGAAAGUGGAAUUUUCAAAACGAUUCGAGGUGGAGCAGAAGUUUCUCGAAGAAUUGGUAACGGAUAUUGAAAAGUUGUUGGUGACCAGUGGACGGAUGGAUGUUGAGUUGAAGGUUGUCAAGACUAUAGAGCCCAACGGAACGCCACAUGGCAAAAUCAGUUUGAUUCGAAAGAUGAAGGCUGAAAAACCGGGAACGAAUCUGUCAAAAACACACGGACUCCACGGAUUUGCCCCAUCCGAAAUCCUAAUGAAGGACUCGGAAUUCCAUGGAAACGACAAGGAAAAGAUUACGAAGAUUCACAAGAUUCCGGAAGGAUUCAAUGUCUACAAAUCUUUCAAACGUCUUUUUGGAUAUUGA